AAACAAAUUGGGUCAGCUGUGCUCGUGGUUCAGGGGGAAAUCAUAUACUUAUCAAAGAACGAUGAUACAGCAGCAUCAAAAACUCAAAUUAUUACGACUUAUAAGUUUCUGCUGUAUAGUUAAAAUUAUGGAUUAAAUUAUUAGAUGACUUCAGUUCGAUGUCGUUAGCAUGUCUAGUGACAAAACAUUAAAUAAUUGGAUAUUUAUUAUGCCCGAUAGUGACUUUUAUGGUGAGAAUGAGUGUUUGAUAACCCUUCCACAUCCUAAGAGAGAUGAAGAAUGCCAGUACCUGUUGAGAGAAAAAUCGCAGCAAAUCUUCGAAAUUAUAAAAUUUUAUGAGCAUCCAAGAUCUUGGUUUGUUGAUAAUUCAGUUAUUCAAGAUGGAAGUUUAUAUUUUGCUACAAGAGUUGAUCCAUUAUUCAUAAUUCUUCCUUGCUUAAAAGCCACUUCAACCAAGUACAUGAGCUUGGAGCAAAUACUCCAAGAAUGGGAUAAUAUCCAUAUGAGAAAAAUUAGUCCGUGUAUCACAAAACAGGAAUUAAACCUUAUAACAGAUGUAAAAGAGGAACAUGGUUUAAUUGUUUUUAAAUUGAACAAUGAAAAAGUUCUUUCAUGGUUGCAACGUAAGGUUAGUCAAACCAAGGAUCAGAUAGAGAAAGAUCAUGUGUGUACAUCUUCACAAUCAUCAACAUUUAUUCGAAGCAAUAAACACCACAGCAGUAAUUCAGAAAAUAAUCUUCGCUAUGCAUUUGGCUUGAUUUCCGAUUAUAUCUCCGAUGAAUGGAUUGUGGAACUGAAAGAUCGUUUAGGAAUAACUGAGGAGAUUUUGGAGUCAUCACUCGAGGAACCCGCUUGUAAGAAAGUGAAGUUGGAUGAAAGUCUCGUUGGUAAACCUGAUGAAGAUUAUUCCAAAUUUGUCAGCAAGUCAUUCAAAACCAAUCAAAUGGGUGAAGUCAAACUCACCGCUGCUCAAAAGUCUCUAGCAAAAGUUAAUACGAAAGGAAUGAAGAAUAUUUCAAGUUUUUUUCAACCUCCAAAAAAAUCCAAAUAGCAAAUGCAUCUUAAGUGAGGAUUUGAAAUUAUUUCCACUGACUAUAAAUAUUUUUAAAUAAAACAAACGUUUUCGUAACGACUCAGUGGAGAUGAGCAACAAAGUUCAACAAUAUCGCUCUUACAGAUUCACUAGUUUUAAUUUUGUAAAAUGUGCAACUUUUGUCUUUAGCGCGAAAGCUGAACCAUUUUAUUGGCUGUCCACAGAAAACUAAAAUCAAAUAGUUUAUUCAGCAAACAUAGAAAAAGAUUUCCGUAAAGUCUAAAUAAUUUAUACAGUUUCCACUUUCAUGCGUCCAUCAUUUGUCUACCUUUAUGUCUACUUUCAUGUGUCCAUCAUUUGUCUACCUUUAUGUCUACUUUCAUGCUUCCAUCAUUUGUCUACCUUUAUGUCCACUUUCGUGCGUCUAUCUUAUCGUCUACCUUUAUGUCUACUUUCAUGCGUCCAUCAUUUGUCUACCUUUAUGUCUACUUUCAUGUGUCUAUCUUAUCGUCUACCUUUAUGUCCACUUUCGUGCGUCUAUCUUUUUGUUUAAUUUUUGUAAGUAGCUACCAAUAGCUAUCUCUAAUGCACACUCCAAGUAAUGUGUCUAUGUAAACACUAAAGACAUUUGAAUACGACAGACGAUUUCUGUGAUCUUCAAGCCUGUGUACUUAAUAGUCAGUAAUAAAUGUUAGAAAUUUGUAACGUUUUUCAAUAAAAUGACGGCAUGGACGACAUUA